CCUGAGGCUGUCAUGGCCUUGGUAACUCCAGGGAGCUCCCUUGUCUCAGGGGCUGGGGAGGGGGAGGAGCUGGCCCUUUAAGAGAGGAAUGUGGUGGAGGAACCCCUGCGCCUGCCUAGCCUGGGAUCCGGGCUGCAUCUCUACCUGCCCAGGUUUGCUCAGGGCGUGGCUGCUGGGGAUAAAGACUCAGGCUUGGCAGCUGCUUUCUCUCAGCACCUCCUUCUCCACCCAACGAGGGAGCCACAGGGCAGUGAUCUGACAUGCAAGAGGUAACCCUGAACCUGCUCGUCCUCCUGGCUGGCCUGCCUGCUCUGGAUGCCAAUGACCCAGAAGAUAAGAACAGUCCUUUCUACUAUGACUGGCACAGGCUCAGGGUCGGUGGACUCAUUUGCGCAGCGGUCCUGUGUGCCCUCGGCUUCAUUGUUCUCUUGAGUGGAAAAUGCAAGUGCAAGUUCAGCCAAAAGCCCAGUCACCAUCCAGCAGAUGCCCCACCUCUCAUCACUCCAGGCUCUGCUCACAACUGCUGAGGACCAGCCAACCAGAAGAGCCCCAGUGUCCAUCUUGGCUUUGCACAGGACCCUUGCCCAAAGGGUGGCACCUCUUUUCUCCUCAGACGUCUUGCCAGGGCAGCAUCUUACCUGUCAUGGAAGGGGUCUCGGUGUUCAGUGUUUAAUAUAAAAUGAUCUUGUCUCUGGUCAA